CAAGAGCACUGAACAGGAAGAAGUGUUUGCUUGGAGAUGCUGCUCAGAGGAGAGGUUGUGAAUAAGGACAUUACCCAUUACCCAAGCAGGAGCGGGCAUUCAGAAGAAAAGGAACCCUGCCCACCACACCAAAUAUUAACUUAUCAAAAAGACUCCUAUCUGUAUGCCAACCAAGACUCACAGGAAGAGAUCAGAUCCCUGAACCCCCAUCAUCAUGAACUGGCACAUGACCAUCUCAGCUCUUAUCGUAGUAGUGAUCAAAGUUGUUGGAAUGACCUUUUUUCUGCUGUACUUCUCACAGAUUUUUGGAAGAAGUGAUGAAAGCUUCGUUCCCACAAGGAGCUCUGGAACAGCCUGUCCCAACAACUGGGAUUUUCACCAAGGAAGAUGUUUUUUCUUCUCUACCUCUGAAUCACCUUGGAAAAACAGCAGGGACUAUUGUGCAACAAAAGGAUCCACACUGGCAAUUGUCGACACUCCAAAGAAACUGAAGUUUCUUCAGGACAGAGCUGGGGCUGAGAAUUACUUUAUUGGUUUGAUACGUCAGCCUGGAGAGAAGAAAUGGCGCUGGGUCAACAACUCUGUGUUCAAGGGCAAUGUUACCAAUCAGGAGCAGAACUUCAACUGCGUCACUAUAGGUCUGACAAUGACAUUUGAUGCUGCAUCGUGUGACAUCAGCUAUCGCUGGAUCUGUGAGACCACUCCCAAAUGAUCAGAGAUCUCUACAAGAGUGAAUAUUUACAGAACCAGCAAAAGAGAUUCAUUGUGACUGAAACCAGUCCAGAAAAUAUAGAGCAUCAAAGACUGUGCCCAUCUUCCUAAUGAAUCCUCAAAGUCAACAUGCCCUUUCACAAACAUCAUCGCACAGUAAAACUUCCUUUCUGCACUAAGUAUUCCCAAGACUGAGAGGGGAUUGGACUCUGGCUAUCUCCAGACAGGGCCAUGUUUCUGGAGAUGAAAUCCGUGUGGAAGCGCAGUCUGUCUCUGCAGAGCUGAGCCUUUUGACUUAUCAGUAGGGUUUCCUCUGUUGACAGAAUCCAUUUCUUUUUUAUCGGUUAUUUUAUUUAUUUACAUUUCAAAUGUUAUCCCCCUUCCCAGUUUCCCCUCCAUAAGCCCCCUAUCCCUUCCUCCAUCCUCUCUGCCUCUAUGAGGAUGCUUCCCCAUCCACCUACCUUCAUCCUUAGAGAACAUGCCCACACCACUGAGGAGAAACUGCUCAUGAAGCAGAUAUGAGAACUGUUAGGAAGCACUAUGGGCAGAAGACUAUAAACUCGGCUUCACAACCUCCUCCAUUCCCAGAAGACUCCCAUUCCCAUACUCUGUCUUAGAAGCAGAGGCCCUCCUGAAUUGGGGGAGGACUUCUGCAGCUUGACUUGGAACUGAACAAAUGUUGAGGGAAUGAUGAAAGUUCUGAAUAGGACAGAGAUAAACAAAGAGGAUAAGGAAAGAGAUAGGAAGAAAGGAAAAGUGGGAAGGAGUGGGGAAAGGAGUGAUGGACAGGAGAAAAAGAGACAGGAGGGGCCAGGAAAGACACUCAAGCUAAAUUUUUUUCUGGUUUUGGAUAAAAGUCUAUUGUGAUAUAUAUAAUACCUUUUCAUUAGAAAAGAAAGGGCAAAAUUGGGGACAAAUGGAAAUCAUGAGAGAUGAAGCAGAGGUUCAUUUGAUCACAAGGAAAGAAAGACAGGAAUGAGGUAGAAAAUGUCUUGGGCACAUUAACCGUUAUCACAAGACACAAGCUACAUACAUACCUAAACUAUAGGAGAAAGGAGAUGUAUUGAUUGUUUUAAGUAGCAAGAAUUAAACUACAGAGAAGCCUAUAGAGAGUUAAAGGAAUUAAAGCCACCCAAUAAUCAACUCAUUACUUUCAACUAGUAGCAAUAUGUACAUGCAUCAGUAGUCAAAAUAAAUUGUAAAUUCUGCUAUUACAAUACUAAGAUAUUUUUUCUAAUUUCUAGGUUUUAUAGUUGGUGUAUUAGUAGAUUUAUAUUUUUUAAUGAGAUAAUGUACUACCUAUUAAAACCUGCUUGAAGAAGGCCAUCAAAAAUAA